UGUCCCAGCGUUCCGGCUCCCGCGUGUGUCGGCUGGUGUUACCGGUGUUGUCCGCCGCUCUCCCGUCUCCCGGCCGGCUGAUCCCCUGUGAAGGGCGCUGCCUCCGUCCGACGCUGCAGGGACAGGGGAGUUGAUAACGGUACAGCCCACCACCGGCUUCUGUGCCCUACUCCGCGGACCAUAAGACAGCGCGGCAGUCUGCCGCGGCGCCGCGCCCCGCACACCCCCGCCGGCGCUCCGGGCUCGUCUCCGCAGCAGUGGCUGAUAGGAGGAAAACUGGACUUGAAGUCAGUGAGCAGAGAAGGAAAAGCCCGUGGCAAGACCGAAUCAACUGGAUCGCCUAUUGACCGGCAGCAAUGGUGCGAAGGACCAUCUAGAAACAGGGUCAAGACAGUGAUAAAUUCUGCAAAGAAAUCUGAAGUCGGUUUGGAGGUUGCAUUGCAAUGCACCACUGAUUGCCUCGAACAGUGAACAGUUCGCCAAGUCACACCCACCAUAGGUCAUCCUUUCACCCUCUCUAGCCGCUUGGUUCUCGCCCAAGUUGUCCGGUCACGAACUGGAGCAUCCGCCCACGUGCUGCAGGCCGAGCUCUCCAUUCACUGCUGUUCAUUCUCUGUAAGAGGAUCUGGUGUCAGCAGCGGUCACUGACAGGUCAAGAUGAGCGGAUAAGUCAACAGCAAGUCGGCGUCACCAAAGUUUCCAGUGCAGGUCACUUGAGUAAACAGGAAAACUCGCCAACGAUUCGGUGAUACGCCAGCGGAAAGCCAUCAUUUCUUGAAGCGUCAAUAGAGCGUCAGGUCACCGUAUCGUCAGUUCACCAAAAGGUCACCGACAAGUCACCGAAAAGUGAGCAACAGGUCACUGUCUCGUCACCGCCAGCUCACCCACAGGUCAGCGGCAGGCCGUUGCCGUCAACUCACCCACAGGUCAGCGGCAGGUCAGCAACAGGUCACUGUCCUGUCACCGUCAGCUCGUCCGCAGGUCAGCGCCGUCAGUUCACUCACAGGUCAGCGGCAGGCCGUUGCCGGCACCUGUCCGCUGGGGCGCUGAGCGGCGGCAGGUGCCCGGGUCGCCGUCCGCAGCUCGGCGCGUGUGACCACUCUUCCGCACCAGUUGUCGUCCCGCUCGGCGGUGUCUCGGUCCGGCGGCUCGACUCGGCGCGGCGGCGGCAGUGGCGGCGCGCCGGCGGCAGUCCCGUCGCGACCGUGCGCCAGACAGCAGCGCCGGCGGCACCACCCGGCUCUCCACGGCGGCUGCCCCCGGGCUAUGGGACAGGGCAGUCAUGCGCUGGCUCGCGCUGCUCUGCUGUGUGACCUGUCUGCGGGCGGCUGCUGCGGACUCGGCGGCCGGUGGGACUCUGGAGACGCCCCGCUCUUGGGGAGUGGCCGUCAGGAGCCGAUGGAGGGGCGAACAGGCCGUCGGAGGCGGCUGGGGUGUGUUUGUCAAGAGCCAGCGCCGCGCAGAUACUGGACGAACGCGGCCUCUGCCUGUAAUCGGGAGAGAUGAAGACUUCCUACACGGGCAGCGGGACCAAAGCUCUGCCUACCAGCCCACAUCAACAGCAUUUUCAUCAGAUAUCACCGCCAAAACCCGGCAAGGAAGUGACAGUCUUCAGAACGUCCUCAGCACCAACUUCAACCAGACCCGUUCAAGCGAUGACUCUGACUCCGACUCGGUAUACGGCUCCGCUCGAACGGCGCCGUUCUACGCCCGCCUCCAGCUGGAUUCGAGUCUUCCUCUGCGUACCGGCGGACCUCUGCCCGACACUCUGAACCUGACGUUCACCGCCGGCGGGCUGCGGCACCGGCUGACCCUCCGACGCGCCCCCAGUGUGCUGGACCCAGCCUUCCUGGUGCUGAGGCGCGGCGCCAACUCCAGCUCUGUCUCCGCUCUGGACGACGGCUCGGCGGCGCACGGCUGUCUGUACCGCGGUGAGGUGACCAGAUCUGACCUGGCUGAGCCCGGCUGGGCGGCCCUCGAUCUCUGCCGGCAUCUCACCGGCGCCAUGAGGCUCGGAGGUGAGGAUCUGGUGCUGGAGGCUGCUCCGGUGGAGUCGCGACACGCGCGCGCGGCGGACCCCGCCAUGAUCGGUCCGCAGACACUGCGCCGCGCGACGACACCUCACUGCGGCGUGCAUCAAUCGUCAGCAGCACCUACCUCGUCAUCAUCGUCCGGCCGGCGGCGGUGGCGGCGGCGCGCCGGUCGUCGGCCGCAGUUGACGGUCGAGCUGGCCGUGUUCGUCGACCUGGCGCUCCAGCGUGUCAUGCGGGACCUCUACGGCGAGCACACCGACGACGAGAUCACCCGCUACGUGAUGACCAUGGUGAACGCCAUGGAGCUGCUCUACGACGACCCUUCGCUGGGCCGCAGCGUCCGCUUCGUGCUGAAGCGGCUCGAGCUGCUGGAGACGUCGCCACAGGAGUUCCAGCAGGAGCGUGACAUCAACGCCUUCCUCACCAGUUUCUGUCGGUGGCAGCAGCGCGAGAACCCUGCGUCGGACGCGGACCCGCUGCACUGGGACCACGCCGUGCUUCUCACCGGUGAGGAUCUCUUCACUGCCGACAAGGCCAGUCGGGAGGUCAACCGGCAGGUGGUCGGAUUUGCGCCCGUCGGAGGCAUGUGCACCGCCGCCAGCAGCUGCACCGUCAACGAGGGCAAGGACUUCGAGUCGGUCUACAUCGUGGCCCACGAGAUCGGCCACAGUCUCGGUAUGCAUCAUGACGGUCAGGGGAACGAGUGUUCUGAACAGGGCCACAUAAUGUCCCCGACGCUCGGAUCGGGAACGAACACCUGGUCCGCGUGCAGUCGAGAGUACCUGAACAGAUUUGCAGAGACGCGCCAGGCGCAGUGUCUUCUGGACGCUGGCGGCGGUGCGACCAAGCGCUCUCAGCAGCUCAACUCCCUUCCGGGCGAGAAGAUCGGUGCCGACGAGCAGUGCCGGCUCAAGUACGGUCCGGAGAGUCACCGUGCGCGCCGCCAGCCGCUGGGGGAGGUGUGCGCCAACCUGCACUGCAAGCACGACCACCACCGCUGGACCAGCCACCCGGCGCUGGAGGGCACCGCCUGCGGCUACGACAGCUGGUGCCGGCGGGGCCGGUGCGCGCCGCGACUCCCGCAGACGGCAGAUGUGGACGGCAGCUGGAGCGCCUGGGGAGAGUUCUCCAGCUGCGCCAGCUCCUGUCUGACCGGAGGGAGUGUGGGGCUGAGGAAACGCUCCCGUCGCUGUGACAGCCCGUACCCCCGCGGCUCGGGCGCCGCCUGUCCCGGCGGAGCGCGUCAGUUCGAGCUGUGCCCAGACGAGGCACUCUGUCGGCGCGUCAGCCACAAGACGGUCGACGAGUACGCGCAGGACAUCUGCGGCAAGGCGGCGCGUCAGGACGACAUUCUGACGGGCCGCGGCACGGCGCGCACGGCCAGCAGCGCGCGCCAGGCGUGUGCCAUCUGGUGUGAGAGGCGCGGCGGCGGCCUGCAGCGUCACCGGCAGGCCUUCCCAGACGGGGUGCGGUGUCAGCUGCGCGGAGCCGACCGCGAGCACCGCCACUUCUGCGUGGACGGCACGUGUCAGCGGUUCGACUGCGGGGUGGACUCGCUGUUCCUGACCGGCUCGGCUGGCUGCGGCCGGCAGCAGCUGCGGCAGCUGGCGGUGCCGGAGGUGCCCCGCGCGCCGCCCGCGCCGCCGGCCCGCUCCGAGGGCCGCUGGUCGCCGUGGAGGUCCUACUCGCGCUGUCGGUUCCAGUGCACCGCGCCGGCGCAGGGUCUGGAGCUGGUGCAGCGCUCCUGUGACCGGCAGCCGUGCGGCGGCCUGGCGCGCUCAGUACGCCACUGCACGCCACGUCUGGACGGCACCGACUGCCGCUCCCUCCACACACCUUUCGAGUUCGCCUCGGCGGUGUGCCGGCGCUACAAGGAGCAGCUGAGCCUGGCGCAGCUCUCCGGGGUCGGCCUGCAGCUGGACCCCUCCGCCGAGGACCCGGACCGGCCGUGCACGGUCACCUGCCAGGACCGGGACGCGGCGCUGCGCUUCUACCGCGUCAAGGGCCGCGACGGCUGGUUCCCCUCGGGACUGGACUGCUCCCGCGGCGAGGCCGGCCGAACCGCCUACUGUCUUAGCGGCAAGUGUGUCGACUUUGGCGAGGACGGCACGCCACUGCACGACGCGCGCUACGACUACGCCUUCCUCUUCGAGUCCAGCUUCCGCUACCACCGGGUGACGCGCGACGCGCCGCCGCAGACGGCCUCCAACAGCUCGAGUCACGAAGAGGCACCUCUCUCCCGGCCUGGUGCCACGCGAAUCCGAGGCAGCGUGGACCGCGAGUUUAUCCAGCGUGUGAUCGGAGACCUACAGAGGGAGGAGAAGCUGUCGGGGAACAUCAGCGCGGCAGACAUUGACAUGCGUAACCCGCUGCUGCUGGCGAGUCUGCCUCCAGAGGCCAGCCGGGGGUCGGAGGCACAGAACGAGCUCAGCCACGCGUUCGCGAUACUCGAGCCUGCACUGCAGGUAACAGACGGAGCGGAAGGAGGAGAGGGAGAGAGAGGAGAGAGCGGAGUGGUAGCCCCCUCCGCUCCAGGGGUAGAGGACGGAGAGCAGGCGCCGCGGACGUCCGCCGGGCCGGUGACCGCGGCGGGGCGAUCAGCGGGGUCACCCACCCUCCCGGCGCUGGUCUGGAGCGGCGCCAUACCUCUGAUACUAACAGCGCUCCGCCUUCUAUAGGCCCAUAUCGCCCGCCGCGAUUUCCAUGACAGGUGCCGCCUGCGUGGGCGGCACACUUCCUUACCGGUCGACCACUCGCCCGGUCGUGGUCCACUAAUUGAGGAGAUUGAUUAUGGCCCGGCGCCCCGACCGGCGGCGCCAGGACGGACGCCGAGAGAGCGCUGAGUGAUUAUCUGACAGAGCGACUGUAUUUACGCCUGAUUUACAUGAAUAAGAGCCUGUCGUCUGAUGAAGCGAUCGUUAAUGAAAGUGAUUCGAUUGUCAGAGAAGUGUUAAUUAAAGACUUGUGGACUAGAUGUAGUGAUGAUUGUGAGCGGGAGGCAUUCGAAUGGAUGUUGUUAUGGAUCUUGACCGGCGCGAGAGGCGACUAGUUAGGGUGCUGUGUUGCAAUGAAGUCUCUGUGUAAUGGCUGUAGCCCGUCGUGAAAUACAAUAGCGAUAUGUUUA